GUACGUACGUACUUUUUCAAGUCGGCAAGGUCAUUGGUGUUUAAAUUCGAACCAGGCCGGAGCGAGUCGUGACUCGUGAGAGAUGGAUCCGAAUCAACAAGGUAAUAGUAAUAUGGAGGGGGCGAAGAGGUUUCUGGGGCUGACUCCGGACGAGUCAGAGGCCGUGUCGCGACUCGCUGUUCCAGAACGGGCAGCCGGCGCGGGAAAGUGCUUCUACGACGCUUUCGCUGUUGCGGGAAUCCGAGUCGACCGAGUCGAACCCGGACUCGUCGUCUGUUCUUUCAAGGUCCCUCCUCGCCUCACCGAUAGAAGUGGAAAGUUGGCAAAUGGUGCAAUUGCAAACCUUGUCGAUCUUGUUGGAAUUUCUCUGGAAUUUGGCGAGGGACUCGGUAGUGUUUCAACCAACAUAUCUAUCUCGUAUCUCUCUGCAGCGAAGAUUGGUGACGAGCUAGAGAUCACCUCAAAAAGAUUAGGAAGAAGAGGAGGUUAUACGGGAACAGUGAUAGUUUUGAGAAACAAAGCAGCAGGGGAGAUUAUCGCCGAAGGUCGACAUUCGUUGCUCCGUUCAAGUCGUGCUAGCAAACUCUGAGUUUCAACCUCCGUCCCCUUGAAUACUCCUAUGGCGACGGUCGUGAGGUGAGACAACAAACAACUAGGCACAAGUUCUGGUGAAUUCCACGGAGGCUCUGUACAUUUAAAGAACGAAUGAAAUGAGCAUUGUCGUAAAAACUUUAUAUUGGUAUCAUAUUAUGUAACUUAUGUAUGAACACAUCUUACUUCUAAGAAAACAUCUUUGAGAUUAGCUGAUCUCUGAAGAACCUCCGCUAGCAGUUCCGAAUAAUAGCGAUCACAAAGAAUUGAAGAACCAACUUCAAUUGCUUGAGAGUAUUAAAAGACGGCAGAGGACCAGCCUUCAUAAGAGAUACAGGUAUUAUGACGACGA